CCACUGUCCAUAUUCAGACCGAUCGUAACGUGUUGCCAGCAGCAGAGAAAUGUUUCUUCGUUUGAAAAAACCCUUCCUGUAAGAAAGUAACAUCAACUAAAAAGGGACUUCAGUCAGCCAUGAUUCCUAAGCAUUCCCUGAUGGGACCAUUUAAGGGACAUAUGUGCAUAAAGAGCAGCCCAUUUUGCUUGGGAUCAUCCUGCAAGCUAUCCACACAGUUUAUUAUUCAAGAUCACUUGGCUAUGCAUUACAAGAGUCUACAAUCAGCCAAAGCCAUUGUUGAUUCAUCUAUGCCAAAAAGCAUGUCUACCAGUAUUAAAUACAAGGAUCAGCAGAAAAGGGAGAGGCUAAAUAAAGCAGUGAAAAAACACCAGAAGGAAAUUCUGCACUAUCGUUCAACAUCUCAAAUGAAUUACAGCUCUGUUUCCCUGGCAACAAGCAGAUUCAGGAACAAGAACCUGAUGAAGAGACCUUUUCAAGAUCCUCAAAAGAAAACAUUCAGUGGAGACCUCCUUGAUAAGCAUUCCGAAUGGUUUACAGAAGAAAGACAGGCUUUCACUCCAAGAAUAUUGAAGAAUAGGGCAAAGUCAUUUCUUUUGAAGUACAAGUAUUAUACAGCACCGAUAAAGACGCAAGACAAUUCAAAUGUAACUCCAACAUGCAACAGGAUAAGCACUGAUGCUAACAUUGAAAGCUUUACAGAAAAGUCUUCUGUCCCAUUUUAUCUGGAGACAAACUGUCCAAUAUGGUAUCAAUCACAGGAAAUGCAGAAGUUGAAUACUAGAGGUUUGUCUGGAAAAGGACACAGUUCCACUACAGUGAAAUCAAAGCUGAUGGCAUGGGAAGAUGAAAUGAAAUAUUUACAGUUUCUCAAAGAUGUAACAGAUGAUAUAUUGCUCAGAGGUUACCAUUCUAACAGGAUCCUGGAAAACAUUUUCCAAAUACAUAUUGAAAGGAGCAAAUACCAUCUUAAUGAGGAGAAGUUGAAAAAUAUCCUACAAAACCUGAGACAUGAGUUGCAAACAGAUCUAUCUGUUAGCUCCUCUGAAUACAAUGCAGCAGCAGUACAGGAAACUCUGCUUCUUGGUAAAACAUUCGACAGAACACGUAGACCUGCAGACAAGGAACCAAUCCGAUUUAAAGAUGAUGACAAAGGAAAACAUGAUUGGAGGAACUCAGACCUGACUGAAAAUGAGAACAUAUAUCCAUGAAAAUGGCAAACACAGAAUGGGGUUGAAAACUUGAGGAAGAGACUUGCCACAGGGCUUUCUAAAACAGAUCAAGGCUUCCAGUAACAUUCAUUCUGAAGAAAAGUGGCAAGGGCAUUUCACGCAUCAAGAUCACAGUGUUCAUGUUAUAACUUGCAGGGGUCCUAAUUGUGCUAACAAGUUAUCUACAGACCCGAAUCCAGAGUUUGCUGCAUUCCAUCCCGGAAUAGUGAAGGUCUCCAGAUCAUCAGCUUGCCUUUCCCGUCUCUUAAAUAUUUUCCUGAAUCCCAUCCUUGUUGCCAAAAUGUGUCUUGGAUCGCAGGGUGUAACCAAGCGGUUAUUUUGGAUUCCUUUAAAUAUAGUUAAGAGAAGACUCAGCAACAGCAAUUUGCUUAAAUGUGGAUGUCUGCUGAGUAGUAAUAAUGAUAAUAAUGAUUAAAAAUUGGAAAGGAAAGGGAAAAAACACCCAACAAGCCUCAUGCCCUUUUGCCCAUCAGGGACCCCUUGAUUGAUGGCUGUUCUGGAGGCUUAGGUUUGUUCCUGGUUUUAUUCAUGAUCCCGGUCCGAAGCAAAAUCCAACUCUCAGAACAAAGCUCUCUCUCUCAUUUACAGUAUAACACAGCCAGCACAGAGAAUGCAGAUAUAGAAGACAAAACUGCUUGCAGGUUCAGAAAACAAGCUGCUGGGUCUUUGGCCCAUAAAAGACUGUUCAUAGGACUCCGUCUAGGUCAUGCAGCUGUCGAAUAUUGUCAUUAACUUUCCUAGCCUAUUUUCCCAUCUUACACAGCCUCUAACCUACUAUUAGUCACAACGAUUUUUUUAGCUGAUGCAGUUAAGUUCCUGGUCAUAGUUAUUACCCAUCACAAAGGAUGUUCAUACUGUUGAAUGUCAGGGGUGUGAUCAGACUGUUUUGUUGGAAAUGAUCAAUGCUUAAUAUCUUUGUUGUAAGCACAUAACCUGUCACUUAUCAGCCCAUUUAUUUUUUGGAUUGAAUAUUAUGUACGUCCUGCUGCAUGCAUACGGGUGAAGGCUGCUUCAUUAUCCAAGGGAUUGUGAUGGGAACGGAAGGCUGAAACUCCAAGUCAACAGUCUCAUUUCUGAUUAUAUGUUGAGGGGAAGUUUUACUCUAAUUCUCAUUCCCUUCAAUUUUACUAGAGUUUCUUGAUGCUGCACUCAAGUGAAUGUUUUGCUGAAGUCUUCUCAGCUUUGAAAUUCAGCUCUUCUGUUUUGAUCAAGACUGAGGUGUGGAACCGAGGGGUUCUGGCAGAUCCCAAACUAAGCUUUAGUGAACAACUUAGUUAUAAGUACUGUUUGAUACCUCUAUUGCCAACACGUUUAUUUACAUUGCUAAUGAUUGAGAAUAGGCUGACAGACAAGAUGAAAUAUUUUCUGCUUCUUUCUGGCAGACAGGACAGUAUGUAAUCCAGGCAAUUUUCCACAUAAUACAGUAGACAGUCGUGUAAUACUUAGGUGGAGACAGUAGGAUUAGACAUAAAACACAAGUCUUCAGUAAUACAGCCAGGCUGUUGCUGUGACCCAUGAUCUUUGCUGUAUCACUAUGUUCAGACUCAUUUCGAUACCAAAUGCAGUAAAUCCAUUUGUAAGUUUAGCUUGUGAUUUUGACAACCUUUAGAAGAGGUGAAGAUUGACUUCACCUGGCUGAUGAUGAUUAUGAAUGCUUCAGCUUUAUGUUUAAAUGCUCAGGUACCAGGCUGUACCGUCUCUGAGGAUUAAGAUGUCAAUAAAACCUCCUCCUCUUGUUAGUUAUUUGAUUUUCCACUAUGAUUCACAACUGGAUGUGGCAAGAUUUCAAAGUUUUGAUCUGACAAAGAUCUGCAGUCUAGGUGGAUUAGCCAUAGGAAAUGCAGGGUUACAGGAAUAUGGUAGGGGAUAAUUGGGUGGAAUGCUGUUUGGGGGAGGGUCAGUCUGAUGGGCUGAAUGGCCUGCUUCCAUACUGUAAGGAUUCUAUGAUACUUUGAUACUGAGGCUGUUCAAUUGUCCAUAGCAUGCUGCUUUUGUUGUUCAACCUGUGUUUUAGAUUCACCAGAUUGACACCUCAUUUUUAGGCAUGCCUGGCUAUGGCAUAUAUUUGACACUCCUUAUUGAACUAGGUCUGUUCCCCUUUGUAUGGGGACUUGCCCAGCAUUUGAACGUACAGUAUAUUUUGUAAUUAAAGUGUUUUGGUUGUAUUAAAUCAUUACAAAUGAAAGCAAAGCUUUGAAGUUAUUACAGCCUUGAUGGCAAUGCGACACUGAAAGAUAUGCUCGGCCAUGAGGUUAUAGCAUUGGACAGAAUACAAUUGCAGCUGUUUAUCCAAAUGACUUGUAGAUGCCCAGUUUCAAGUUCUAAAUAUGUGGCAGUCCUACACACACAAUAAAAGGUAUCCACAUUGUGAAGACAGGGCAUGGCUCCUCAAGGACCACAACAGCUAAUUCUAUAAAUACCGUUAUGGAAAGAUGUCUUUGACACAGACAUUUGAGGAGGAUAAGGUCAAUUGAGCUACAUCUCAGCAUUAGAACAAUAAUAAUGCUAACGAGUCACUCUAGCUAAUGGACAUAGAAUGUAUUCUGGUUGGGAAAUUUAGUGCCCUUUCUGCCCUUAAUACCAAUUCAAUGUUGUAAUCAACACAGAGGAAUACUGAUACAUUAGAACAUGCUGCUGUCUCACCACUAAUCAGCAAGUUUCCUGGCUCAUGUUUGAUACCAUGCAACCUUGUGGAAGUUGGCUCUAAGUCAGUGUUAAAGACUGUUGAGCUUUAUACCAUUGGGACACCAUCUGUAGUGGGUCAGGUCUUACCCCAGAGUUGGUAGAGGAAGAAUUUGGUAGGUUACCUGAAAUGUAUGAUUCUGUGAGUCACAUGUUAACAUGUCCCCGUUUUCCUCUCCCAAUUUUGGCUCAAGCCUCCAAAAUGUUCAAGACAAGGACACUUCAGAGUUGAUUGAGCUGAAUGUGCCUUUGUGUCUGCUGUCUUGGUUGAUGCAAGGUGGUCCACUUUGUUUGACGAUAUUUUAUAGCAGCAAUUUGAUACAACUGAAUAUCUCACUAGGAUCUAGCCCCAAAGUCUUCUUCCAGGUUUUUGGAUUAAUAAUCCAGUAAUAUAAUUUAUUUGCCAGCACGUGGAUGACAAUGCCAUUAGGAAAAUUUGAAACUAAAGCUUAGUUAAAACCAGUCACAGUCACAAUCUUAAUUGAAAUUUGAUUAAUUUUAAUCAAUUUCUGUACAAUUAUAUACAAAAUGCUAGAAAAGACAAAACAAGCACAUAAGUAUUACAUUCCUACUCUAAUAGGAGUAAAAUAUUAUACAUUUUUUUAAGAAAGCACAAGUUUAUUUGCCAUGUACUGCAUAAAGGUUGUUACUAGUUAUGAAACCUUACCCCACAAACAGAUCUGAAACUUCUAGCAGCUUAGAACUCAAAUUUAAGCUUAUGAAAAAACUGGACUUGUUACAAAAUCACAGCACAUUUAAAGAUUUUUCUGAAUUAUUCAAAUUAAUGGCUUUUGGGAUGGUGCUUUAUGACAAUAAGGCCCCUCAACUAAAAAAAAAUCACUUGAGAUGUUCAGGAUGCUGCCAAUAUUUUACAGAAAAUUGUAAUUUAGGGUUAAUAGUUUAGAAAAGAAAUAAUGUACAAAAGUGGCAGUUUUCUGCAAACAGUAAUCUUAACCAUUUUGUAAUAUUACUAUCCUCCUUUACAGAGGAUACUUUACUACUUUAAAGCUGUUUGACAUAUGAUAGUUGGCAUUAUUACUAGAAACUUACAAUCAUUUACUCUGUAAAUCACUGUACUUUGCACACUUUACAGUCAACUUUGGUACUUCCUUUUUGCACCGAGAACUUCUGCAGAAGAAUUUACAAUGGAGUACUCCUGUUAAUAGUGUGCUAUUUCUACUAAUAUUUGUUUACUGUACUUUGCAAUUUUCAUUUUCGCCUGUCACAGUAAUCUGUUUGGUGUAGUGUUUCUUUUGUUCCACAAAUUUCUUUGUAUUCAAUGGGCACCUACUUUUUUCUGAUUGCUUCCCAUCAGAUGUAUUAAAGCCCAUUUUAUUUGCACUGUUUGUUAAAGAUGAUAGUGGUGGCUCUGUCACAUUUGGUACUGAAUCCGGAUGUAAUACUGGAAAUUCAGCUGAGUGCUAAGGAACACAAUGAAGAUAGAUGUCAAAACGUGAAAUUAUGUCAUAUGAUGAGCAAAUAUCAUGAAUUAUUUUCUGUUUAUUAUGAGGGAAUGCAAUCAAACAGGUACAAACAUGAAUAGGAAACUAUAGUCCAACAGACAGGAGAAUAUUCCAUAUCCAUAUUUGCUUUGUUGUUGUGCUGUUCCUUCCAUUAAAGGAUUUAAUAAUUUUUAAAUGUA